AUGGGCAUCUGCUUCAGCAGCAAGCGACGCGCCACGCCGCCGCCGUCGACGCCGUCAUGGUCGUCGGACCUCCCUCCGGAGCUGGCCGGCGUCGUGCUCCGAUGGCUGCCGUCGCACGCCGACCGCGUCCGCUUCGACGCCGUCUGCCGGCACUGGCGCGUCGCCGCGCAGCAGCAGCGCUCGCUGGUCCCGCCGCCGCUGCCGUGGAUCAGCUUCAACAACGACCGGUUCCAGAGCCUCUGCGACGGUGAGCGAGCAGCACGCCCUCAGGCGGUGGGGCCCCGGCAACGCGCUCCGCUGCUACAGCACCUUCGGCGGGUGGAUCCUACUCGAGAUGGACGACCCGGCGCGCUCGUGCUUCCUACGGAACCCAUUCUCCGGCGAGUCGAUGAAGCUGCCGUUCCAGCAGGAGGAGCAACGGUUCGGCGACCCGUACGCCCGGUACAGGAACCGCUCCGCGUUCCGCAAAGUCGUCUCGGCAGGCACGCGCAGCGGGCUCAUCGUGCCGCGCUGUUCAAACCCAGCAUGCGAGAGAACCCCAAGACCAUCGGGAUCUGCCUGCCGGUCACCGGCGCGUCGUGGGCGCUGCACACCCGCCGCGACGACGGGCCCGACGGCGGCAUGCGGUACGAGGACGUCGCCUUCUUCCGCGGGAAGCUCUACGCGGUCGACAACCGAGGGAGCCUCUACGCGUUCGAACUCGCAGCGCAGGGGAAGAUGGUCCGCUGGAGCAUUCUGUAG